UCUUUAUUACGUUUUAAGGAAGUUGCUCAACGUCGGAAACCCCAUUUUACCGAGUCGAAAACAAACUAACCAUUUCUGUUUACGUUUAGUCCCGAGUUUCUUUGAACGUAAUCAAGCGUUGCUUGUUUGCUUACCAUGUAAUUUGUCGAAAAAAGUCGAACUUUUGUUUGGAACGUGUCGUAGGAUGGACAGCUCGGUGACUUCCGCCACGUACGUUCGCAACAUCAGCUACAGUUUGCGCCGCAAGCUGUCCGACUGUCUGGACCCUUACGAGACCUGGAGAGACCUGAUUGUGGCCCUACGGAAGCCGAAUGGGGAGCCCAGGUACACUCAGCAUCAUGUAAGGAGAUUUGAAGGUCUUGUUGCUCAGGGUAAAAGCGUCACCGUGGAGCUGCUCAAUGACUGGGGGACCACCAACAGCACAGUGGGGGAACUGGUGGACAUCCUGAGGAGUCUAAACCUCCUGGCUGCUGCCAAUCUGCUAUUACCUGAGGUUCUAUCCAAAGAAACACAGCAGGUAUCCUCAGUGAAGGCAGAAAAAUGUCCUCCAACCUUACUGCUGGGUGAGGCCCCAAAUCCACCUGCUGGCUCCUCCCUGCAGACACAAACACUGCUGGAUGAUGGAGGAGACGACACAGGUGUCUCCAGAUUCCUGUACGGAGAGCUUAUGAGGAUCACCAGGAACUUCGAUGACCGGUCCAUCUCAGACGGCGGCAGUCGUAUUGGUGCGGGAGGCUUCGGGACAGUCUACAAAGGUUUGCUAGACAGCAGACUAGUCGCAGUAAAAAAACUCAGUCCAAUGGAGGACAUGCCGCUGGAAAGUUUACAACUUCAAUUUAACCAAGAGAUUCAAACUUUGAAAGUGCUAAAACACCAAAACCUGGUUGAUAUGGUUGGAUUUUCCUCUGAUGAGCAGCAUCUGUGCAUAGUGUAUGCCUUAAUGGCAAACGGAUCUUUGCUGGAUCGACUUGCUUGUUUGGAUGGAAGCCCCCCUCUGUCCUGGCAGCUGAGGUGCUUCAUAUCCGAAGGGGCAGCUAGAGGACUGGAGUAUCUUCACUCCAACCAUCAUGUCCACAGAGACGUCAAAAGUGCAAACAUCCUGUUAGAUGAAAACUAUGUGGCCAAAAUCUCAGACUUUGGGCUUACAAGAGCAUCUGCCAAUCGCACAUCGACAACCAUGAUGACAGAGAGGAUUGUGGGUACGCGUGCUUACAUGGCUCCUGAGGCCCUAAGAGGGGAGGUCACCCCAAAAUCAGAUGUGUUCAGCUUUGGAGUGGUACUGUUAGAGAUUUUGUCUGGACUCCCCCCAGCUGACGAAAAGCAGGAGCCGCAGUUUUUGAUGGAAUUUAGGUAUGACAUAGACGAUGAAGAUGAAGAGCUAACUCUGGAGGAUUUUGUAGAUAAAAAGAUGAGUGACUGGACGAAGGGUCAAGUGGAGAGCAUCUACUGUUUGGCUUCGAACUGCCUCCAUGAAAGAAAAAACAGAAGACCUGUCAUCAAACAGGUCCUGUCAGAGAUUCACAGUGUUGUAAAGACUAUUUUCUUGGAUUCUCAGUGAAGCUCACAUACUGGAGAAAAUCAACCACCACCUUGAAUGUGUCUGGACUAUUUCCUUCUAUGCAUUUCUAAAUGUUAUCAUUGCUUGUUGAAUGUUUUGCAUCAACAUUAAAGUAUUUUUAAAUUGUAUAGAUUUACGUAAUUUACCUUUCUAACAUUGGUUUGCUAGCAUAUCAUAGUUGUCAAAUUUUCAUUUACAGCAGUUAUGUUUGUAAUGUGAAAUAAAACAAAAUGCACAAUUUAAAUAUUUUAUUUUCCUUUUUUUUAAAGAAAUUUGUAAGAAACCAAGUAAGACUGAUACAUGAUUCAUUUAUCCUGACAUUUUUAGAAUGAAGGGAUUUUUCACGUUACACAUGAGGUGAGUUAAGGUUUGCCUAAUAUUAAUCAGCACACCAGUGGAAGGAGCACUAGAUUUGUUUAAAUCAGAGAUUUAGUAGUAUUCCCUUUCCUAUCCAUAGCUUGGCGUUCCGUUCUGUAGAACGUCUCCAGGUUUGAGUAGCUUCCUGUUCUCCAAAUCAUAGAUGUACUGAUGCCACAUUCUGGAAGCCCCGGUUCUUUCCACGGCUGACAUUCAACGAGAACCACAACAGACCGAUUCAAUCGUAGAGCAUCACACAGCUACAGUAUGUACAAUUACAGCACUUGCAUAGAAAAAUAAGUUUCUCAGCAGAUGAUUUUUUUUCUCUCCAUGUAAACCAUAGUUUUAUAAAAAAAAAAAAAAA